CUGCUUUGGUUGAUUGUUCAAUUGAGGUGUCUCCUGUUCCUUUCGUGUCUUGGAAAAAUAUCUGCAAGUAGAGAGGUUUGGAAUCUGUUCAAAAAGUAGAGAGGUUUGGAAAAGUCUUUCUGUAGGAGCACUUAUGGGGUACAAUAAUUGACAACGCUAGGAAACAUUAUGGAAAAUUCUAAUCUCCUCCUCCUCCUCCUCCUCCUCUCUCUCUCUCAUAAGGAAAUUUCUAAUCUCCUCUCUCUCUCUCUCUCUCUCUCUCUCUUCAAUAGUAGGGACAUCACCCGAAUUCCUGUAAAAGAUAUUGUGAAUUCCAUAUGCUCCUAUCUCUGUCCUAGUGGUGAGAUCCGAACUCCGCUGGCUGGCAAGUACGCCGAAUUCUGUGCAACAUUUGUGCUUCUCCAUCCCUCUCUAUAAGUGAAGUAGCACUUUACUACUGGAAGGAAAAAGUUGAGGAUCAUCUGAUUUUUGGCGUCUCGAUCCAGAGUUCUUCAAUUAUCUCGAUCUCAUGGCUGACGUUGCUGCAGCUUCCAUCCCACCUGCCUGGGAGAUUGGGAAGUGCUUAUGGGAUCCAAUUGCUAGGCGCAUCAAUUACGCCAGACAAUUGACGAACAAUUGGGAAGCACUUUCCAAGAAAGCAUCGGAAUUACGUUCCAAGAAAGAUGACAUUGAUACUGAAAUUGAAAGAUUCCGUCUGCAGAGAACUCCAACCCAGGAAUGUGAUAAUUGGAGAAAUGAGGUGGCAGAAAUGGAGAAUAAGGUUACGACCUUACAACAAGAGUUCAAUGUUGAGAAGAAAUGUGCUUGGGGAUUAUGUCCAGACAUUUUUGAGCGUAUAAAGCUUGGUAAGCGAGUGGUAAAUAUGAUCACUAAGAUUGACCUACUCAUAGAAAAGAAGUUUGAAAAUGGAUUUCUCAUUGAUUUACCACCAGCUAAAGUUGAGAGGAGGCCAGACCCUGCUUUGAAAUUGACAACGUCUGCAUAUGAUACACAGGACAUGGUACUGGAUAAACUUCGAGAUGAGAGACCUGCAAAGAUUGGUAUUUGGGGAAUGGGAGGAGUAGGUAAGACAGCUGUCUUGCAACUCUUGAACAAUUAUUACCAUGACGUCAAAACGUUUUUUGAUUUUAUCAUAUGGGUAACUGUAUCCAAAUCCCCGACCAUUCGAAAUCUACAAAACGAAGUGGGGAAGCGGUUGUCAAUAGAAAUAAAUGCUGACGAGUCUGAUGAUAGAAUUGGACGUACUUUAUUUAGGAGACUUGAGGGCAAGAAAUACCUUUUGCUUUUAGACGAUGUUUGGGAUGAGGUGGAUUUAAGUGUUGUAGGGUUCCCCAAUGCCGAUCAACAAAAUGGUUGCAAAGUUGUUUUGACAACCCGAAAAAAAGAAGUUUGCCGGAAGAUGGGAACUGAUGCUGAAGUACCCGUUUCAGUUUUGCCAAACGAAGAAGCAUGGGAGAUGUUUUCCUCUGGAGUGGGUCACGUUGCAACGCUUUCAACCAUCAAGUCAUAUGCCCAAGAUAUUGUUACAGAAUGUGGUGGCUUGCCACUAGCGUUGAAAGUCGUUUGCGGUGCACUACGGAAAGAGGAAAAUGUGAAUGUAUGGAGGAAUUUCUUAAGAAAAUUAAGGUCACCUGCUACAUCAGUCAUUGAAGACUUGAAUGACAAAGUGUUUAAGGUAUUAAAGGUAAGCUAUGACCGGUUAAAGAAUAUUGAGGAAAAGAAAUGUCUUUUGUUCUGUGGAUUGUAUCCAGAAGAUUCCAUGAUUGAAAAAUCAAGAUUGAUAGGAUAUUGGAGAGCAGAAAGGAUUUUUUCAGGUAAACUUACUUUGGAACAGGCACUUGAUGAGGGAGAAGCUAUAUUGCAAGCUCUUAUAGAUGCGUCUUUGUUGGAGAAAUGUGAUGAAGAUGACUCUGUGAAGAUGCACGAUGUUGUUCGAGACAUGGUAUUGGCAAUAACUUCCCUGCAAGGAGAGGAACCCACACAUCUGGUGCGAGCUGGAAUUUCUUCAGAGAUGAUUCCACAGGAGGUGGAAUGGAAAAAUGCAACACGAAUAUCCUUUAUGAAUCGUGACUUGCGCAGCUUGCCAGAAUCACCAAAUUGCCCGAAGCUACUGACAUUGUUGCUUCAAGGAAACGAAAAUUUAGAGGUGAUUCCAGAAACUUUCUUUAAUAACAUGCCCAGCCUCCGAGUGUUGGAUCUGUCACACACCUGUAUUAAAUCGUUGCCAACUUCAAUAUCUAAAUUGGACGAUCUUCGAGAACUAGUCCUUUUAGAUUGCGAAGAUUUGGAGGCUCUCCCCAAAGAGAUUACUGCACUCAAGGAGCUGGAAGUCCUUUAUGUUGGACGAUCUAAAUGGGAAAUUAGCCAGAUGGGGAUGAAAAGUGAAGAGUUAAUUAUUCCUCUUGGGAUGAUAUGUGGGAUUCCUCAUAUUGAAGUAAUUGAACUUACAAGUCGAUUGAGCGAUGAAAGUACAGAAAUUAUUGCGAAAGAACUGAGCAACUUGGUUUCACUUUCUUCUCUUGCAUUUGACUUCCACAUAGUAGGUAAUCUUCAGCACUUCCUGCAAAAUAGCAUACCAUGGAAAGAGAGAAGACUGACGCAAUUCGUUUUCUUAUCUGGGAAAUGUCCACACCAAUUAUACGAACAUUAUCGUUGGUUACUUCAAUGGAGUAAGAAUGAUAAGAGGCUUCUAGGUUAUGAAGGAGGAGGAGAAGAAGGGGAUAGUGGCCUUCCCCCAGCUAUAGAGGAUGUACUUAUCCGUUCAAAUGGCUUUCUUUUAAGUAGGCAGGGAAAACUCAAAGCUCUAUCAGAAUUGGGCACGCAAAACACAGAUGAGUUAAGAUAUUGCCAAAUUCGAGAAUGUGUUGCACUCGAAACAAUAGUCAAUAGAAAUGGGUUUGAAAUGAGCGCUUUUUCUAAUUUAGAAGAAUUGUUUCUGCGCGACCUAUCGAAUUUGAAGUCCAUUCUUUGUUUGGAGAUGGAGGAGGGACAAUCAUCACCACCACCACCACCGUUAAAUGCAAACAGCUUUACCAAUCUAACACAAUUGGUCGUAUCGCGUUGUCCACUAAUUGAGCACCUUUUCUCAAGUGGAUUCAUGCUACAACAAAUGUCCAACUUGAAAGAGUUGAGUGUCGGAAAUUGUCGGGGACUCAAGGGGAUGAUUCCAGAGGAUGAAAAGGUGGACUAUGAGGCUCUACCCAAAUUGUCUUGUUUGUACCUCGGUCUUUUGCCUGAAUUUGUCAACCUUUUUGAAGGUGUUCCCACGUGUUGGCAGUCACUGGAUAAUGUGCAAAUAUCGGAUACUCCUAAGCUGAGGAAACUCCCCUUUGACACUAAUAGCGCUCCUAAUUUGAACGCAAUUGUGGGAAAUGAUCAAGAGUGGUGGGAUGCAUUAGAGUGGGACAACCAUGCCGCCAAAUUACAAUUUAUUAAGUGGCCCUGAAAUUGAAAAAGGCCGAAUCGGGAAAAGAGAUUCACCAACAAUGAAAUAAGCCAAUUGUUGAUCCGGAAAAAAUUAUUGGCUUCCAACGCAGAGUAUGAGCUUCCAACUAUGAAAAAGAUAUGCACCACCGAGGCCAAGUGGUUCAUAAGUAUCUCAUGUACCACAAUUAAAGUCGGUGCACUUCUCUCUUGACUCUUCUCAGCUGGCUUUAAUUUUAGUUUCAAUGUUUGAUGCUUGUUUUUUUGUUGAUUUUAUCAUUUUAGUUCUUCUUUAUGAGAGAUCGGUAACGAUUUGACAUUUGGUGGAUGCUUUUAUGUAUCAACUUUUCCAUAUUUGUAUAAUUGUAUGGUUCCAGCUA